AUGGCGGGCCGGUUCGUGCGUGCCUCUAAAUUCAGGCACGUUUACGGACAGAGUACCAAACGCGAGCAAUGCUACGAUAACGUGCGCGUAUCGCGCAACGCGUGGGACACGAACCUGGUCAAAGCGAACCCAAAAUAUCUGUCGGUGAACUGGGAGGCGAGCGGAGGCGGCGCAUUCGCUGUGAUCCCCCUGGAAGAGCGUGGGAAGCUACCUGACGUCUUGCCCUUGUUUCGUGGGCACACGGCGGUUGUGUUGGACACGGAUUGGAGUCCUUUUGACGACUCGAUACUCGCAUCGGCCUCGGACGAUGGCAAGGUCUUCCUUUGGCAAGUCCCCGACGGCUUUGGCCUGCGCACAGAUGCCGAAGAGCCCGAAGACGUCAAGCCGGUUGGAAAGCUGAGCGGACAUUCACGGAAGGUUGGCCACGUGCUCUUUAACCCAGCUGCCGAGAACGUUCUUGCAUCCUCAUCUGGCGACUACACUGUCAAGAUCUGGGAUCUGGAAGAUGGAAAGUCCAAGCUCACGCUCAAGGGGAACGACAUUUUCACUUCCCUCUCGUGGAGCGCCGACGGCAACAUGCUGGUCACCAGCUCGCGGGACAAGAAACUACGAUUCUGGGAUGUACGACAGGAGAAGCCCGCCCACGAAGUCCCAGGCCACGGCGGAGCCAAGAACAGCCGAGUAGUCUGGAUGGGCGACCACGACCGUGUAGCUACCACUGGAUUCUCGAAGAUGAGCGAGAGGCAGCUCGGACUAUGGGAUCUACGGAGUCCCGAAAAGCCUGUUGGAGGCGACUUUGUACCCUUGGACUCUGGCUCUGGUAUUAGCAUGCCAUUCUGGGACGACGGGUGUCAAAUGCUCUACCUCGCUGGCAAAGGCGACGGUAACAUCCGCUAUUACGAGUACCAAAACGACAAGUUCGAGUACCUGUCCGAGUAUCGAUCACCAAACCCGCAGCGAGGAAUUGCGUUUAUGCCAAAGAGAGGCGUCAACACGCAUGACAAUGAAGUGAUGCGCGCUUUCAAGACUGUUGAUGAUGCUUACAUUGAACCUAUAUCAUUUGUUGUACCAAGACGAGCCGAGACCUUCCAGGACGACAUAUAUCCGCCAACGGUCGGCACGACACCUGCAGCUACGAGCGGAGAUUGGUUUGAAGGGAAGAGUGGCUUGCCACCAAAAUUCUCACUCGAGGAUCUCUUCGAUGGCAACGAGCCGCAGAUGAUGGCUGCGGAGCCCGCUUCGAAGCCCGCUGCUGCCGCUUCUGCUCCAGCACCCGCUCCAGCAGCUGCACCAAAAGUGGCAAUGCAAGCAGAGCCCAAGACCGAGCCAAGUCCAGCCCCCGUUUCUUCGGUUUCUUCGGCGCCACGCGAAUUGCCUCAAGUGGGAUCUAACAAGGACUCAAUGGCCAAGUUCGCGGACAAGUUCGCAGAUUCAAAGGAGGAUGAAGUACCUGAUCACGAUGGCGACGAUUCAUUUGAGGAGAUAMCGAAGCCUGUAGUGCGUCCAUCAGUAGCUGCGGCGCGUGCUGAGCCCACCCCAGCAGAACCAAAGUCAGUCUCGAAAAACACAUUCACAGGCGAAGGGAUAUCGGAAGCAUCAGCUCCAUCCGCGAGCGAGCUGAGGGAAAAGGAAAAAGAAAAGGCGCAGUCGCAGACUUCUCUCCCUGCACCUGCCGCUACCCCUGCACCUACUGCGAGUGCAGCAGCAGGCGGGCUCAAGGAAGUCCUAGGUGAGAUUCGGGGCCUGCUGAUUUCACAAGGAAAGCAAAUCGAGCACUUGACCUCAGAGGUCGCGCAGUUGAAGAGGGCCAGGCAUGCAGAAUAG